UUAGGUGUUGUGUUCCCAUACCACCCCCACCUGGGCCGCUACAACCUGAACUUCCACGAUGCUGUGCAGGCCUGUAUUGGCCAGAAUGCUGCGGUCGCCUCCUUUGAUCAGUUGCUUGAGGCCUGGAAGGGUGGCCUGGACUGGUGUAAUGCUGGCUGGCUGAAUGAUGGCACAGUGCAAUACCCCAUCACCAAACCCAGAGCGCCUUGCGGUGGCUCCAACAACGGGCCUGGCGUCAGAAACUAUGGUCACCGUGACAAAAAGAGCCGCUAUGAUGUUUUCUGCUAUACUUCUGCUUUAGAGGGACAAUUCUAUUGGCUGGUCCAACCCGACAGGCUGACCUUUGACGAGGCUGUGCAGGCUUGCAUAGACGAUGGUGCAGAGAUCGCCAAGGUGGGCCACAUGUACGCUGCUUGGAAGCUUGAGGGUUACGAUCGCUGUGAUGCUGGCUGGUUGGCUGAUGGAAGUGUCCGUUACCCCAUCUCCAGGCCCCGCAAGAACUGCAGCCCCACAGAAGCUGCGGUGCGCUUUCUUGGAUUCCCAGACAAAGGUCAAAAGUCUUAUGGUGUCUAUUGUUACAAGGCUGCGAAGUGAGGGGGCAAAAUAAGAGUGGGUCAUAACCACCAAAGAGCAGCCAACAACCACAUCUAAUAAAAUCAACAAUAAGUCAGAAAGAAUUUGGAUCAUAACCAGCGUGAACUCAGUACCUUUCUGAAACUGUGAUAACACUUUUUAACUCCUAAAAACAAAUACAGUCUAUCUUACAUUCAUAUGCAAUGAAUGACAAAAUAUUUUGUAGCCAUUACGUUUUGUUUUUCUCUCACUGUACAUUCAUUCAUUUUACACAGCUUGUUGGGGAAAAGGGAACAUUGUUAAAUGUAUGAGUAAUGAAUCAGAGACAAGAACUUGAUGAUUGUGAAGCAUCAUCUUGUUGGCAAGUUUGGUUUGUCCUCGAAUGAUUAGAUGUGUGAAGGUAAAGAUUUAGAGCAUUGAUGCUCAUGUGCAGAUGAUAUUUGCUGCUUUAAAAUACAUAACAAGUAAAUGUGAUAUUUUAUACAUUUAUUAAGAGUCAAAUCAAUAAAAGUCCUUGAGCUAUUUUUUCACCUCUUAAACUCUAGAAAUGUUUUUCAACCAGAGAAAGUCAAAUAUACUGUUUAACAAGAAAACAAUAAAAUGAAUGUAAAUGUCUUGAUGGACUGUGACAACUAUUCUGCAUUGAUAGCUCCAAUUAGAACAACUUCCAAUUACAAUUUGAAAGACAUUUGACUAUUGUAACCUCAUACAGUAUUUUUUUAGGUUAACAAAAUGGGUUUUUUCAAACUUUUAAAUGCUGUUUGUCACUAUUUUUUACGUGUCAAUAAUGUUCUUUUUAAAGAAAAAAAGUAUAGUUUCUGUCACUUGUAGAUAUUUUUUUGUGUGCAGUUUUCAGACAACUUGGAUCAGGCACAUACAAAACAGCAAGAUUUCAGCCGAAUAGUAAAUGUAAAGAACUACAGAUCUUCCCCGUUGGCCAAAUCAACCCUGGCUGUCUAACAGUUUUAGCAUUUCACCAAAAUAGACAAGAAAUUGAACAUUACAGUAGUUAGAAGUACAACUAACAAAUGUAUGGGCUGCUGACUUCUGAGUUUCGCUAAUUCAUACUGAGGUCAUGAGUGGUGUAUGGGACAUUUCCAUUAAUACUCUUACCUGGGGUAAUACUGAU